AUGCAGUCAAUCAACCACCAUCACCACCAUCAUCACCACCACCCAAGUGGUAUGUCAAUUCCAUAUCAAGAGAGAAGCUUGCUGAGUUCAAUCAGUUUGUCCAAACUCUUCCAGCCAGCAUGUCUUUCAAACAAGCUUGGCGCCACUACCCAUUCACCACCUUUCUUCCACAACUGCAAGGAGACACCUGAGGACAUAAAAGAGCUUUUUGAGAAAGCUAAAGUUCAGCCUACCUUCAAGACCCUCUACAAGAUUGAAGACCCAGGUCAAUUCUCUAUUCCCUGUCAAGUAAAUGGUCAUUACUUUGAUAGAACACUAUGCGAUUCUGGCUCUUGCAUAAACCUCAUGCCAACCCAAACCGCCAAACUCCUUGGCAUCACACGCUUGCAACCUGCUCAAAUUAGUAUUGGACUUGCUAACCAUACUAUAGCCAAGCCAAGAGGAGUUGUUAUUGAUGUUCUUCUAGAGAUUGGAGAUAUCAAGAUCCCGGUGGACUUUCAUGUCAUAAACAUUCAAGGAGGAUGUGACACACCAUUGAUACUAGGCCGACCCUUUUUGGCCACUGCUGGAGCUGUCAUGGACCUUCCAAACCGGCGAAUGUCCUUAGCCAAUGUUGACAAGACAGUCUUUUACAAGACCAUACCAUUCAUCACACCAAACAAGCUGUCUUACCUCAUCACUGCCCAAGGCCGCCCAAGAGAGCCACCAGACCACACUCAAGGUCACAAUGAGACAAGAACUAAAAGACUAUGUCUCAGGCCGUGCCCUUACCCCAUCUCCAACUAA